AUGCUUCAAUUGCAAUUUGAGUUUCAAUUCUCCAUUACAGUUCCAACUCUCACAAUGUUUCUUCUCAAGACAUGGAGACAAUCUACUUUUGGUGUUUAUGGUUAUCUCAAUUUCACCAAACCUGCUUUUCUUGAGCAUUCUAAGAAUUUCAAACCAGAGGAAAUGGAAACACAAAUACCAGGGAAGAAUUGCAUAGUUACAGGAGCAAACUCUGGAAUCGGUUAUGCAACAGCCGAGGGUCUUGCGCAGCGGGGUGCAACCGUCUAUCUUGUAUGUCGUAAUAAGGAGAGAGGAGAGGCUGCUCUUUCUCAAAUUCAAACUAAAACUGGCAAUCAAAAUGUACAUUUGGAGAUUUGUGAUUUGUCAUCUGUCUCGGAUAUCAAGUCACUUGCUACCAGGUUUUCUAACAAGAAUGUGCCACUACAUGUAUUGGUUAAUAAUGCUGGUGGGCUUGAGCAAAAUCGAGUGACCACGUCAGAGGGGUUUGAGUUGAACUUUGCUAUCAAUGUAUUAGGAACUUACACAAUGACUGAACUGAUGGUACCGCUAUUGGAGAAAGCUUCCCCUGAUGCACGCGUAAUUACGGUUUCGUCUGGUGGAAUGUAUAGUACUCCAUUGACCAAAGAUCUACAGUACUCUGAAAGCAACUUUAAUGGGACUGAACAGUAUGCUCGAAAUAAGCGCGUUCAGGUUGCACUAACGGAAAAUUGGGGCGAGACAUAUAAGAACAAAGGGAUAGGAUUUUACUCAAUGCAUCCAGGUUGGGCUGACACUCCUGGUGUGGCAAAAAGCUUACCAAGCUUCUCAAAAUCGCUUGCGGGGAAGCUUAGAACAAGCGAGGAAGGAGCAGACACAGUUGUCUGGUUGGCCUUACAACCAAAGGAGAAGUUGGUGUCAGGUGGAUUUUAUUUUGAUAGAGCUGAAGCUCCUAAGCAUCUUGCAUUUAAUGCUACAAAUGGUUCUCAUGCUGCGAUCAACUCUGUCAUCGAUAGUCUUCGUUCCUUGUCAUCUCUUUCUUGA